GUCCCACAAGCGGCUAGGGUUUCACCUCCCGCCGCCGCCGCCGCAGCCGCAGCCGUCUACCGAGCUCCUCCGCCAGCAGAUCUACGCCGCCUGACCCGUCUCGCUUCUGCCCAGCGCAAGAUGCCUCGCUACGAUGAGCGUGACCGCUACAGCGGUAGCACGAGGCUCUACGUGGGCCGUCUUUCCUCGCGGACACGGACCAGAGACCUUGAGGACCUCUUCGCCAGAUAUGGGAGAGUGCGACAUGUGGAUAUGAAGCAUGAGUUUGCGUUUGUUGAGUUUAGUGAUGCCAGGGAUGCUGAUGAUGCAAGGUACAACCUUGAUGGGCGUGACUUUGAUGGAAGCCGCAUGAUUGUUGAGUUUGCUAAAGGGGUUCCGCGUGGCCAAGGAGGGUCUGGGUCCCGUGACCGUGGUGGUGACCGUGAAUAUAUGGGUCGGGGACCUCCUCCUGGUUCUGGCCGUUGCUUUAACUGUGGAAUUGAUGGCCACUGGGCUCGUGACUGCAAAGCUGGCGACUGGAAAAAUAGGUGCUACCGUUGUGGAGAUGGUGGCCAUAUAGAAAGGGACUGUCAGAACAGCCCUAAGAACCUAAAGCGUGGAAAGAGUUACUCCAGAUCUCCAUCACCUCGUCGCGGAAGGGUCCGCGAUAGGAGCUACAGCAGGAGCCGUAGCAGGAGCUACAGCCGCUCUGUUUCACCAAGGAGGGAUGAGAGGCGGUCAAGGAGCCCCCGCGACAGCCGCAGCCCAAGCCCAAGGCGUAGCCCCCGCGACAGCCGCAGCCCUGCGAAGAGUCCCCGUCGCGACAGCCGCAGCCCUAUGAAGAGUCGCAGCCCUUCACCCGCCAAGGGCAGGGCCCGCAGCCCUACCCCCAACGGCAGCAGGAGCCCUGCGCCGAGGGACAACAGCAGGAGCCCAGCAAGGGGUGACCAUGACAUGAGCCCUGCCGCAAAUGGCCGUAGCCCUAGCCCAAGGGGCGGAGAGGACAACAAUGGCGGCAACGACCGUGCCGCUUCUCCUGGAGGAAGCGCGUCGCCAGGUGGGGGUUAAGAGGGAGAAUGGUAGGGUGGCGGCUUGCUCCUGUGCUGGCUAUGCUUUUCUUAUGGUCAUGUUGAAGAAAGACUUAACUGUAUGAGUUUUUAUUUGAAUUUGUACAACUCUGCAUUCUGGUAUUGGUACUUUGCGGGAAGACUAAUGUCUGUUGUACUAAGUUGCACUUGGGAUCAUUUUGGUUCAGCUGUAUUCUAUUAGACUAAUAAUGUUGUGUGCUUAUUAUGAUAUUUUGAGUA